AUGGAUUCGCAGCAGUUUAAAGAGGCGGCCACAUCAGCCAUUGAUGAGAUUAUUCAAUACUAUGAUAAUAUCCAUGAACGGAGAGUAGUCUCCAAUGUUGAGCCUGGUUAUCUGAGGAAAAUUCUUCCCGAUGGUCCACCUCAAGAAGGUGAAUCAUGGGCAGAUAUCCAGAAAGAUAUCGAGUCCAAAAUUAUGCCUGGCUUGACACAUUGGCAAUCACCAAAUUUUAUGGCUUUCUUCCCGGCCUCAUCUACCUAUCCUGCAAUGCUCGCCGAGCUAUACUCAGCAGCCUUCACUGCCCCUGCUUUCAACUGGAUUUGUUCUCCUGCUGUGACAGAAUUGGAGACAGUUGUAAUGGAUUGGUUAGCCAAGCUCUUCAAUCUACCUGAAUGUUAUAUGUCUUCGACUUAUGGCGGUGGCGUUAUUCAAGGAUCAGCUUCGGAAGCGAUCGUUACCGUAAUGGUAGCAGCCCGAGACAAAUAUCUUCGUGAAACGACGGCAGGUUUAUCCGGCCUUGAACUUGAGGAUGCUAUUGCACAUAAGAGGAGUAAGCUGGUUGCAUUGGGAAGUGAAAUGGUACACAGCUCUACCCAAAAAGCAACGCAGAUAGCUGGUGUUAGAUUCCGAUCCGUUCCAGUCCACGCUUCCAAUGAUUUUGGAAUGACUGGCGAAGAUCUGGAAAAGGUAUUGGGAGAAUGCAGAUCUCAAGGGUUGGAGCCAUUCUUUCUUACUGCAGCAUUGGGAACAACCUCCACCUGCGCUGUUGAUGACUUCGAAUCCAUCGCUUCGGUACUAUCCAAAUUCGCACCUCCAGAUGUCCCUGGUGAGGUUUGGGUUCAUGUUGAUGCUGCAUACGCCGGUGCAGCUUUAAUUUGCCCCGAGUACCAUCAUCUAACAUCGUCUUUCCAGCAUUUCCAUUCAUUCAAUAUGAAUAUGCACAAAUGGCUCCUCACAAAUUUCGACGCUUCUUGUCUCUAUGUCAAAAAACGCAAAGAUUUGAUCGAUGCACUGUCAAUAACACCUAGUUAUCUCCGCAACGAAUUUUCAGAGAGUGGACUCGUGACCGACUAUCGAGACUGGCAAAUACCCCUCGGAAGAAGAUUCAGAAGUUUAAAAAUCUGGUUCGUCUUACGAUCGUACGGAGUAAAGGGACUCCAAGAACAUAUCCGCAAGCAUGUGAAAUUGGGAGAAUUUUUUGCUGGUUUGCUUAAAACGAGAGAAGAUCUAUUCCAGAUAAUUACCGGGCCGAGCUUCGCUCUCACAGUCCUUAAUGUUAUUCCCAAGUCGGCGGGCAUCGAUGCGCAGAAUAGUAUCACGAAAGAUGUAUAUGAACUUAUCAAUAAACGGGGCGAGAUUUACCUAACAUCUGGUGUUGUGUCUGGUACAUAUGCGAUUCGCGUUGUGAGUGCGAAUGAGAAGGCGGAAGAAAAAUAUAUCCGGAGGGCUUUUGAGAUAUUGGUGGAGACGACUGAAGAGCUUAGAGACGGGAAGGCUAGGAAGGAAAAUGUUAAUGGUGUUAUUGUGAAUGGGAAGGCGGAAGCUGUGGGUGAGGUUGCUGUUAAUGGGAAUGGACUGCCGAAUUAG